CGCAUCCCCUUCGAGAGCAAGGGGUGGCUCCCCGACAACCCUCUCGGCUACAUUUCGAGCCUUAGCUCGAACCGCGCCACAUUCAGUUUCUGACCGGCGAUCGAAGGGACGCGUCUGUUCUUGGUGGAGCUCGUCGUCGUCAUCGUCACCGCGGACGCGUACCUCCCGGUGGGGUCUCUGUCGAUUCCAGCCUCUCGACUCGACUCGCCCCGAAGGAUCGCGUCUCCCGCGUCGCCUCGGCCUCGUUUCGCGUCCGCGGUUGCACGAGACAGGCGUGUUGAAGAUAGAUAGAUAGAUAGAUAGAUAGAUAGAUAGAUACAUAGACAAAUCGGUAGAUAGACAGAGAAAGGGUGAGGGGGGGAGGGCGAGAGAUCGGCGCGUUACACACGCGGUCCCGUAUUCCGCGAGAGAAGAACGGGCAUAUCGCGCGAGACUCGCGCUCGUCCAUCGAAGAAGCCAUCGAUCCUCGCAAUCGCAACGAUUCAGUGACGCCGGGCAGCGCGCGCGAGCGAUAAGACCUAUCGGGAUAACGAGUGCGGGAAAAUAACGCCCUGGCCGCCUGGCAACCGACGUGACGCGCGAGUCGUCGUCCCUCUUCGUAUUAACCUUGCAUCCUCGUGCCAGUUUACUCGUCGCGCUGACUUGUCAAGCGCGCUCGAGAGCGACGACUACAGUGAAUUUUGACGUUUGCUCCGUGUCGUAUCGUUCUCUUUGUCCUUACAUUAGUCAGUAGAAUUAUAGAAUAUUUCCGGCUCCUGGUGGGGCUUGAUUUUCCUUGGGGGUAGCGGGUUAGUCGAAAUCUUUUCUCUUGUUUCUAAUCUACCGUCAACCACUUCUAUUAAUGUAAUGUUGCUAAUGUGCAAGUGGAGCCGACAUUAAUCCCGGAGACUUCCGUCCAGUCCGGGAGAAUCGUCGUUGGACCGGUCGAUGGGAUAUCGAUGUAAAUAGCGGGAUUUCUAAGAUUAUUCGGCCAUCAGCAUCACCUCUCGCGUCCGGGAUCCGGCCAGUCGCGAUCGCGAGUAAAUAGUAGAGAUGGAGCUGAACCCGUGCUGCAGCUUCGUAGGGAUAGUAAAUUACCUUUACACGAGAAGCUUGCACCGGAAACGUCGCCCACCGGCGCCCAGCGUUCCACGAUCUUGGUCGAGUGAUUCUGGAGGAUUUCGCGUACGCCGAAGAUCACCGCAGGCAAUCGCAAUGGCCACGCUGUCCUUGCGCAUCUCCAUACCGGAGAAGAAUGCCACCAAGAUGAUGCAGUUCGAUCCCAGCACGUCGGUCUACGACGCCUGCCGCAUUAUCAGGGAAAAACUCGCUGAAGCCAGCAACAUGGGUCAACCGAAAGACUACGGACUCUUUCUUUCCGACGAAGACGUGAAGAAGGGUGUCUGGCUCGAGCCCGGGCGAAACCUUGAUUAUUACAUCCUGAGGAAUGGGGAUUUGCUCGAGUAUCGUCGUAAGCUCCGUACGCUCAGAGUCCGCAUGUUGGAUGGAACCCUGAAGACUAUGUUGGUGGAUGAUAGCCAGCCAGUGGCAAAUCUCAUGGUAGUGAUAUGUACAAAGAUUGGCAUCACGAAUCACGACGAAUAUUCCCUGGUGCGCGAGCUCGUAGACGAGGAGACCGAGAACCAGAAACCCGGCAAUUUCGGUACUCUCACGUUGAAACGGAGGAAAGAGGAGAAGGGUGAGCGAGAUGCCAAGAUGGAUCAGCUGAGGAAGAAGCUGAAGACCGACGAUGAAGUGAAUUGGAUAGAUCCCAGCAAAACUCUGCGCGAGCAAGGUAUCGACGAGUCUGAAACAGUGUUGCUGAGGAGAAAGUUCUUCUUCUCGGACCAGAAUAUCGAUAGUCGCGAUCCCGUGCAGCUGUCGUUAUUGUACGUGCAAGCACGAGACGCGAUUCUUGAUGGUACGCAUCCGAUAACGCAGGAAAAGGCUUGUGUUUUUGCUGGGAUUCAGUGCCAGAUUCAAUUUGGUGAUCACAAGGAAGAAAAGCAUAAGCCUGGUUUCUUAGAUCUCAAGGAAUUCUUGCCGCAAUCGUAUGUGAAGUCGAAAGGAAUCGAGAAGAAGAUCUACGCGGAACACAAGAAGCACAUCGGCCUGUCGGAGCUGGAGGCCAAAGUCCUAUACACGAAGACUGCCCGGUCGCUCAAUACGUACGGCGUCACGUUCUUCUUGGUGAAGGAGAAGAUGAAGGGCAAGAACAAGCUGGUGCCACGUCUGCUCGGUGUAACAAAGGACUCGGUCCUACGACUCGAUGAAAAGACCAAGGAGAUCCUGAAGACGUGGCCGUUGACGACCGUGCGACGUUGGGGUGCCUCCCCGAACACGUUCACCCUCGACUUUGGCGACUACUCCGAUCAGUAUUACAGCGUGCAGACCACCGAAGCGGAGCAAAUUCUCCAGCUAAUCUCUGGCUACAUCGACAUCAUCCUGAAGAAGCAGAAAGCGAAAGAUCACUUCGGCAUCGAGGGAGACGAAGGAUCCACCAUGGUAGAGGACAGCGUGUCGCCGCUCAAGGCCACCAUCAUGCAACACGAGACUAGCAAUGUCGGCAAAGGAAAUGUGGAAGCUGUCUCGGUUGCAAUUCCAGCUGUCAUGAGAGCCGGAGGAGACGGGGCCCGGCCAUAUGGAACCGGUCACGUAGGCGGUGCUCAAUACACAACCGUCAGCGGACAGGUGAACAUCGCGCACGCUCCGCCUAUGGUCCAACAAACCAAAGUGACAUCCGUCCUGUCUGAACCGCAACGUGCCUUACUGUCUACCAUCACCGCCGGUCACGAGGUGAUCCACGCCGCGAAGGCCGAGCUCCUGACGAUGGAGGAGAUGCCCAACCUCGGCACCGAUCCGGCAUCCUUGAGAUGGAUCGAGGAAACGAUCGACACCCACAAGCAGAGCGUGGGUUCGCAGAUCGCGGCGAUGAACGCCGCCACCGCCCAGGUGGUCACGCUGACCUCAGGGCCGGCGGACAACGUGGACCACACCGCGGUGGGCGCCGCGAUCACGACAAUCGCCACGAAUUUACCGGAGAUGACGAAGGGCGUGAGAAUGAUAGCCGCCCUCAUGGACGACGAGUCGUCCGGCGAACGACUGCUGGACGCCGCUCGGAAACUUUGCACAGCGUUCUCGGACCUGCUGAAAGCCACGGAGCCAGAGACCAAGGAGCCUUUCUACAUUACGUCUACGCUCUACGGACAAUAUCCGCGGCAGAAUCUGCUGAACGCAGCGUCGCGUGUCGGCGAGGCUUCGCACCAAGUGUUGACGACCAUCGGCGAAGAGGACGACUCGAACCGCGAGCUGCAGGAUAUGUUGCUGGCGCUCGCGAAGGCCGUGGCAAACACUACCGCAGCACUCGUGCUGAAAGCGAAGAACAUAGCGGCCACCUGCGAGGACUCAGCCACCCAGAACAAGGUGAUUUCAGCCGCGACGCAGUGUGCGCUAGCCACGUCGCAGCUCGUUGCCUGCGCGAAAGUGGUAGCGCCGACCAUGCACUCGCCUGCGUGCCAGACCCAGCUGAUGAACGCCGUCCGCGAGGUGACCAGAGCCGUCGAAAGCCUGGUCCAAGUCUGCAACGAGACUUGCAGCGACGAGAAUCUGCUGAAGGAACUGAGUGUCGCCGCCAGCGAGGUCAGCCGUACCCUCAACGACCUUCUUAAUCACAUUAAGACCGCCACCAGGAGCGAACGUGCCAAGGACACCAUCCAAGAGGGUGCGGUGGAGACUAUACUGGUAGCAACGGACAAACUAUUCGCGAGCACCGGCGACGCUGGCGAGAUGGUGCGCCAAGCACGAGUGGUCGGUCAAGCGACCGCCCAGCUGAUUCAAAGCAUCAAAGGCGAGGCUGAGAAGCAGACGGACUCAGAACAGCAGCAGCGUCUGUUGGCCGCUGCUAAGCUACUGGCCGACGCUACUGCUAAGAUGGUGGAGGCGGCGCGACAGUGCGCUAGCAGUCCGCACGACGCCAAGAUGCAGGAUCGGCUACGCCAGGCGGCCGAAGAGUUACGUGCUGCGACUACCGCGGCAGCAACACCGGCGUUGCGCUGGAAACUUAUCACCAGGUUGGAAGCAUGCGCUAAGCAGGCGGCCGCUACGGCUACACAGUGCAUCGCGGCGUCCUCCGGCGUCGCGCAUCAUAAUACUAACCCAGCCAGUCAAGAGGAACUCAACAUGGAAUGUCGUGCGAUGGCUCAACACAUUUCCCAUUUGGUAUCCGGCGUGAAGGGCACGCAAACAUCACCGGAUGUUCCCACCGCGCAGUUGAAUCUGAUAAACGCCUCUGAGCAGUUCCUGCACCCAGCCACCGCCGUGGUGAAGGCGACCAGGGCUGUGUUACCAACGGUGACCGAUCAGGCGUCCGCUAUGCAAUUGAAUGAUACCUCACAGCAGCUAGGUUCUUCCCUGGCAGAUCUGAGAUCCGCGGUAACGCGCGCCAGAGAAGCCUGCGGCGGAUUGGAGCUCGACGCAGCGGAGGAGUUGAUCAACAGCUUGAAGGACGAGUUAGGUGAGUUUUACCGCGCCGUCGAAGCCGCUUCCUUGAGACCACUGCCCGAGGAGACGACCGAGUCCACCGCGCUGCGACUUGGCGCCACAUCGAAAAAUGUCGGAUUCGCCAUGGCGCAGCUGCUGUCCGCCGCCAAGCAGGGUAACGAGAACUACACCGGAAGUGCCGCCCGGGAGACCGCGUCGGCCUUGAAAGACCUCGCUUACGCUGUUCGCGGCGUAGCGGCCACAUCCGAUCAGCCGGAGAUGCAGAAGAAGGUGCUGAUGACGGCGGACGACGUGAUCCUGCGAUCUUUGCACUUGGUCAAAGAGGCGCGCCGCGUGCUCAAGAAUCCAGAAAAUCCGGAGAAUGAAGCCAAUUUGGCUGUCGUGGCGAAGGACGUUUCCAAUUCGUUGAACAAGUGCGUCUCCUGUCUGCCUGGCCAACAAGACGUGGACGAGGCUAUACAGUACAUAGAGGACCUGAGCCAGGUGCUCAGCACGAACGAAUUCCUGUACACUGACAAGAGUUAUGGGCAACUACAGAACGACCUGAACAACGCGGCCGCCAAUCUGAACGACGCUUCCUCGAACCUAGUGUCGUCAGUGCGCUCAGCCGUACAGCUCGCGAGCUCGUCGCGUCAAUUCGCCAAUGCCUUCAACGACCUGCUGUCUGUGGGUAUCCAGAUGGCGGGCCAGACGGCAAACGAGCCGCGCAGCCAGGUGGUGGUGUCGCUAAAGAACGUCAGCAUGACAUCCUGCAAGCUCCUCCUCGCUGCGAAAUCCAUCUCAGCGGACCCCACCACCCCGAAUGCCAAGAACCAACUGUCGGCGGCGGCGCGCGCCGUCACCGACUCCAUCAACUACCUGGUGGACGUGUGCACGUCAGCGGCGCCUGGGCAGAACGAGUGCGACAACGCCAUCAGGAACAUUCAGUCCAUGCGGUCGUUAUUGGACAAUCCGAACGAGCCGAUCUCCGACGCCUCGUACUUCGAGUGCCUGGAGACCGUGAUGGAGAAGAGCAAGAGCCUGGGCGACGGUAUGACCGGCAUCGCGAACCACGCCAAGAAAUCAGAAUACUCGCAAUUCUCCGUCGCGGUGAAAGGGGUCUCUUCCUCGAUCUGCGGCCUGAUAGAAGCCGCGGCUCAAGCAGCCUACUUGGCUGGAGUGAGUGACCCCACAUCCGUAGCGGGUAAGCCAGGCCUGGUAGACCAGGCCCAAUUCCUCCGCGCGGCGCAGGCCAUUCACACAGGCUGCCAGAGCCUGGGCAAUCCGACAAGCACGCAGCAACAGGUGCUUUCAGCCGCGACCAUGAUUGCCAAGCACACCAGUGCCCUCUGCAACGCCUGCAGAGUCGCCUCCAGCAAAACCAGCAACCCGGUGGCUAAGCGACAUUUCGUCCAGUCCGCCAAAGACGUCGCCAACUCGACAGCCUGUCUGGUAAAGGAGAUCAAGGCGCUCGAUCAGAAUUAUUCGGACGUGAAUCGCGAGAAGUGCGCGGAGGCGACGAAACCGCUGCUGGAGGCAGUCGACAAUCUCUGCACUUUUGCAAGCUCGCCGGAAUUCGUGAGUCAGCCGGCGAAGAUAUCCGUCGCGGCGAGGGCGGCGCAGGAGCCGAUCACGAGCGCCGGCAAGUCCAUCAUCGACGGCUCGUGCGCCAUGGUGCAAGCGGCCAAGAGCCUAGCGAUCAGCCCGAAGGACCCGCCGACUUGGCAGCUGUUGGCGAACCACAGCAAGAGCGUGAGCGACUCGAUCAAGUCGCUGGUAGCAUCGAUACGCGACAAAGCGCCCGGUCAAAAGGAAUGUGACGCUGCAAUCGAGAAGUUGUCAGCGCGCAUCCGCGAGCUGGACGCCGCAUCUUUGAGCGCGGUCUCACAGUCGUUGGUACCGCGUCGCGAAAACACUAUGCAGGGCUUCACGGACCAGAUGGAGAGCAGCGCGAGCGAGCUGCGCGAGAAGCUGGAGCCGCUGCGCAUCGCGGCGAUAUGCGAGGCUGAAAACCUCGGCCACGCCGUCAAUCAGAUCGCGCUCUACUCGGAACCGCUCGUCUCCGGCGCCAUCGGGGCCGCGUCCAACAUGGUGCACUCGAAGCAGCAGAUGGUACUGUUAGACCAGACUAAGACUGUGGCCGAGUCCGCUCUGCAGUUGAUCUACGUAACGAAAGAGUCCGGCGGCAACCUGAAGGCCAUCGCCUUGCACCCCGAAGUGGACGAGACCGUCGAGUCCACCAAGGACGCACUCCAGGAGUUGCAGCACACCCUCGGGACCAUAUCGACGUCGCAUGGUAUCGUCACCGGUCUUAUUGACACGAUUUCCCGCGCGAUGGUCCGACUGGAGGAUCAUCGGAUGUCCACCAUCGACACAGUGGACUCUUACGUCGACUACCAGACGAGGAUGGUCGAAGCCGCGAAGGAGAUCGCUCGGUUGGCACAAGAAAUGUCAACAAAAUCUAGCACCGACGUGGCUAGACUGGGUCCACUGGCGGUCGACAUAUCUCACAAGUACACUCAGCUGGCCCGCGACACCUCCGGAGCAUCCGCAGCAGCUUCAAACGCCGACGUGUCGGCGCGAUUACGGACGGGCGUUCAAGGACUCGGCCGUGCCUGCGCCGACAUAGUACGUGCCGCCGGCAUCUGUCAGAUGUCGCCUGGCGACGUGUACGCACAGCGCGACGUCGCCGAGCACAGCAAGGUCGUGACAGAGAAAGUGUCGCAGGUGUUGGCCGCUCUGCAAGCUGGUUCGCGCGGUACCCAAGCGUGCAUCAACGCAGCCAGCACCGUGUCCGGCAUCAUCGGCGACCUCGACACUACCAUCAUGUUCGCCACCGCCGGUACGUUGCAUGCUGAAAACGAGGACGACACGUUUGCCGAUCAUCGUGAGAACAUCCUGAAGACCGCGAAGGCCCUGGUGGAGGACACGAAAACCUUGGUCGCCGGCGCCGCGUCGUCGCAGGAACAGUUGGCCGUAGCGGCGCAGAACGCUGUCUCUACCAUCGUUCAGUUGGCCGAGGUCGUCAAAUACGGCGCGGCCAGUCUGGGCAGUCAGAAUCCGGAGGCGCAGGUGAUGCUCAUCAACGCCGUGAAGGACGUCGCCUCCGCAUUGGGCGAUCUUAUACACGCCACCAAGGCUGCCAGCGGCAAACCCAUCAACGACCCCAGCAUGGCGCAUCUCAAGGAUUCCGCCAAGGUGAUGGUGACGAAUGUGACGUCGCUGCUGAAAACCGUGAAGGCAGUGGAGGACGAGCACACGCGCGGCACCAGAGCGUUGGAGUCGACGAUCGAGGCGAUCGCGCAAGAGAUCCGCGCCCUCAGCGGCCCGGAGACGCACAAGAGCAGCGUGACGCCGGAGGACCUGGUGCGUUGCACCAAGAGCAUCACGACAUCCACGGCGAAGGCGGUCGCCGCCGGCAACAGCUGCAAGCAGGACGACAUCAUCGCCGCCGCCAACAUGGGCAGGAAGUCGAUCAGCGACAUGUUGACCAUCUGCAAGGGCGCCGCCUAUAACUGCGCGGAGACCGCCGAGCUGCGCGACCGCACCCUGCAGGCUGGCCACGACGUCGCCAUCAAUUACCGCGAACUGCUCCAGGCGAUCUUGCAGAUCUCCUCGAGGCAGGGCGACGCCAAGCACACAUUGCCGGUCAUCUCGCGCAAGAUCGCCCAGAGCGUGACCGAACUGGUCGCAGUGGCUGAGCUGUUGAAGGGCAACGACUGGGUCGACCCUGACGACCCUACAGUUAUCGCCGAGAACGAACUGCUCGGCGCGGCUGCGAGCAUCGAUGCAGCCGCCAAGAAGCUGGCCAGUCUGAGGCCGAGGAGAAGUAUUCAGGAGGCGAACGAGGAUAUGAACUUCGACGAGAUGAUAUUGGAAGCGGCCAAGUCGAUCGCCGCCGCCACUUCCGCUCUGAUCAAAGCCGCGAGCGCCGCCCAGCGCGAGCUGAUCGCCACCGGGAAAGUGUCUCGCACGCCGUUAACUAGCUCUGAUGACGGCCAAUGGUCCGAGGGUCUGAUCUCCGCCGCCAGAUUGGUGGCGGCCGCCACCCACAGCCUCGUGGAGUCCGCCAAUGCUCUCGUUCAAGGAGUAAGCUCCGAGGAAAAGUUGAUCUCCAGCGCCAAGCAGGUUGCCAGCAGCACGGCGCAACUGUUGGUUGCUUGCAAAGUCAAGGCAGACCCUGACAGCGAGAGCACGAAGCGCCUGCAGGCUGCCGGAAAUGCCGUGAAACGUGCCACCGAUAAUCUCGUACGCGCUGCGCAACAGGCUAUCCAACAAGAGGAGGACCGUUCCUUGGUCCUCAACCGCCGCAUGGUAGGCGGCAUCGCGCAGGAGAUCAACGCACGCUCGGAGGUGUUGCGAAUUGAACGCGAGCUGGAGGAAGCCCGGGGCAGGCUGACCGCCAUCCGUCAAGCCAAGUACAAGAACCGGCCGGACCUGGCCGACGCAGACGGCGACGUUGACCAGAGCGGUUACGAGAGCUACACCACGCGAUACGAGACCAAGUCGUACGAGCCGCCUCAUGCUCAGUCACCGGUGCAAGCGAUGCAUCACACCUUGGACCAGCUGCAGUCCAGCACUCAGCACAUCAGCCACCACCAGUUCGGUGACAGUGAUCACCAGCAGCUAGUCAGUCCGGAGAAGGUGUACUCGACCUUGAGCACUCUCGAGAGGAAGAUGAAAGACGCCCAAUAUCGCUCAGCCAUUCUCGAAGGCGAUUCGUUGGACAAGAAGUAUAGCGACAGUCACCAGGACAGAAGUCCAUACAUCGUUACAGAGAGGAAGAUCGUAACAGACAACUCGCCCGGUCAGUACAGCUCGAUCGAACGAAAGAUCAAUCAGGAGAGCUUUCUCGGUGCGGAGACGAAGCACGCUGGGGACAUUGCGUACCACCCACCACCUCAACAUAUCUCGUAUUCGCACAAGUCCCCGACGCGCAGGUCUACCCCACAAACGCAAAGCUCGCCGGAGGCGUACGAGAGAUCUCCGCAGGAUCACCAGAGUGUCAUCGACCGCUUCUCGAAUGUCAGCCCGAUGAGCACCUUCCGCUCCGAGAGGCAAGUGGACAGCCAGCGGUUCGGCGCCGCUGUGCCGCAGCAGCAGACGUUCAAGAACGUCGAGAGUAAAGUCAUGCCCGGCGGCAGAAUCGAGACCAUCACGACGAAGGUAUACACGUCCACGCCCGGGAAGAGCAGCAGCUCCAACUACGAGACCAGUGAAGAAACCAAAGAAUACACGACGUCCGGUAACGAGUUAUCAACCUUCAAGUCUGCCCUUGACGACACCCUCGAGGAACGUACGACUAAGCAAUCAACGUUGCACAAGGUCACGGAGAAGAAGACCGUUACCAUGACCAUGUCGAGUCGGCAAGAGUCUAAUACGAAGACCUUCCGCUUCGAGGAUAAACAGUAAAACGGUGAGAGGAAAACGACAGAUCUGACAGCCGCUUGCGCGAUGGUAGUCGAUAGCAAUAUCUUCCGAGAAUGAGAUGGGUGGUCAGGAAUGUUGCAGAGUGACUCGUUUGUCCCUUGAGACUCGAUCUACGAUAGAUCUAGAGAGCCCCUUCGUCUUCAAGCCCGAAACUGUUAAAACUGACCCAUAUAGCAAACCUUGAGCCUUUUGCUUCGAGUGGCCGAAAAUUUCCGGCAAGAGACGUUCUCCAGAGGCGCUGCCAGAAAUAACAAUACUAGAAACUUCGAAUUUCCAAAGUCUAAUAACACGGGGAAUAUCUUUUGCCAGAAAUUCAGCACAGCUUGGAGAUUAGAGCGAGAUACUAAAGAUUUGCUACGCCUAUUGCGGAAACAGCCUAAUUCAUGCGUUCUUCCUCAACAUGAAACAUGUUCGAGCACGUCGUGCGCCGCGAAACGCGAUUUUAGCGUCACGAUAGGUAAAGCGGUAGAGCUAUUUCUGAAUAAGAGAUUCAAUGAGCUCGUGAUAGGAAGGAAAGAGUCGGAUCCGGUCGCUGACGAAGAACGACCAAAUAACCGAAACCGUAAUCUAAUUCUGUCCGACGGGUAAUAGUAUAUGUUUGGUAUAUUGUCGCCCGUCAUUUGGUCAUGCUCGGACGACCGCGUCGCAAAUAAAACGCGCGAGAGAUGCCUGAAAACAUCCAGGUCCGGGAACCAGUCGUCGCAUGGCCGACGGACGAGAACGACGAAGCCGCGUCCCGACGCUCUUCGAAGCACGAAAAAUGAGAAGCUUGCGCCGGAGCGGCGAGUUAUUCGCAACGAGACGAGAAAGAUAGUAAGUGCCCUUAGAUAGACGUGUAACUCGUGCUUUCGACUUGUAGCCUUUUACGAGCGUAUAUUUAUUCGUGGAUGUGCCGCGUUGCCGCGCGUUUUCGCUAAUGACCGAUGCUAUCAAAUCGAUCUUGACUUGAUUGUUGCUGCGUACGUAACGUUACUUCCGAUAACGUAAGGGUUAACUUACUUUAUUAUUACUGCUAUUACUACUACUGUUACUGUCACACAGAUGUCUAUACUGACUUCUAGAUCGCUAACUUGGGUUACUUUUUGACGUGUGGAAAGGCUGAGGUCGGCCGAAUCUCCGGUUUCGGCCAUUUUUAGUUGGAUAUAUGAUGUUUAUGGCGGAUGGCAAAUGGUUUUUCGUUAGUUCAAAAUUUCCUUCGGUGCUAUUGAUCCACAUUUCUAAAAUAUACGGACAAUUCAAAGGGAAUUUGAAAGAUUCAUAGUUUUUGAUUGAGAUAUAACUUCUAAAUAUUACAAAACUUGAAUAUUUAUCACACAAAUAGAUGCGUUCAACUUUCAACCCAAAUAAAUGAAAAACCAUCUCUUUCAGUAUUUUUGCACUUCAUCAUGCUACGAUUGCUCGGCAUCUUAGAAUGUUGACGAAAAUGUUUUUGCGAUUAUAAAUUUCAUCACGUCAGAUAUCACGUACGUACUAACACGUUGCGUUCACUCACGGCUCUUUUGAUGAAGUCAGCGAUCCAGGAGUAGUAUGGACAUCUGUGACCACACUACUAUUACACUACACUACUAUUACUACUACUACUACUACUACUACUACUACUACUACUACUACUACUUUCAUUCGCACAGAGUAAGACUUUUACGGUUCUUCCUCUCCUCUCUUUCUCUCUUCUUCUCAUUUUUUUCUUCUCGUUCGUUUAAUUAUUAUUAUUUCUUUUAAUCGCCUACCGCAUUUACCUUGAAGAUGAAUAGUGAUAUACGUACGUAAUCGCGCUUGAGUUUUUAAUAUAUAGAGUUAAUUUACGUUUACACUUACAAAACGAAUGGUCGAGAGAACCACGAAUUAACCAGAGAAGCAACAUAUCAUUUAAUUUUAUUAAUUUUCCCGAUGUCGCGCGCGACGCCCACCGCGAAUGCGGCGCGAGGUCCGGCGACUCACCAGCACUCGCUACAUUAACAUUUUCCGCUUUCUAGAUUAACCCUCCUGCCCUAGUCUCCCCCGCCCCUCCACGGCCGAUGUUUUAUCGCGUCUCUCUAUUUAUUCCGGGGAUCCUGCGCUGUCGCUUCACACCACCCGACUGCAUCUGUAUCUCUCCGCCUUUCAUUCUGUCCUCCUUCUCUUUCUCGAUUCGACACUUGUGUUUUGUGUACAUCCUCGUCGCGCGAUCCGCAGUACUAUCUGCGUCGACCUGUUCUGUCACAGGCGGUGGCUCGUAUUUUCGAUGAAUUUAUUAAAGUACAAGCUCAAGCGACUGACCUAGUUGAGGCUCCUGCGAACGAUCGAUUAUAUAAUGCAAUCACUGUAUCGUUAGUCUCUCGCGAAUGUAGACGUAGGCCCUGUACCCGUUGACAAAGAUAACGAUGAAUCCGUCGUUGUAACGCGCGGCGGAAUCUCUCCACGGGGAAGAGCUCCGCGAGGCCCCCCGCCGAGGACCUCGUGGACGAGGUGAAGUGCCUGAAUCCGAUGAGCUGCCGCUUUCUCUUUUUCUAACGCGCUCUCGUAGUGAUUUUGAAGAUUUUCUAAUAUUUACCAAAAAAAACGAAGGAAGAGAUCAAACGCUUUGUACGAUCGCGUGCCGACGGUAAUGGUAGACGACGCGGAUGGGCGAUGACGCGCUGCCGAACACGACGCGCGACCGAGCAAACGCCUGCCUUCCCCCAGAGUGACAUACGUCCGCUUUUAUCCACCGUCGUGUGUGUAUGUGUAUGUGCGCAUUUUUCUCCUCCCCCAAGAGAGCGAUCGUCCAUCGUGACUUUGUGUGCGGUCGCGCGCAAACCGACGUCUCACAAAUUGACUGUGUUGAUCCUUGAUGAAUUCGAUCCUCCUUCUCGGGUUCGUGGAUCUUAUCUGUUGAUUGCCAUCUUUCUGCCAUCGACGAGGCGAUACUAAAGACCUUCAGUUAUGGGCACAUUCUCUUAACGUUAAAGGCCACCCGAGAGAUGUGUUAAGAAUGAUCGUCGAUCAUUUUUAUUCAUUCGACACAAAUUCCUGGAUAUUUAGCGUGUAAAGUAAAGUAAUAAUUUUAUCAACAGUAACAGCUAUUUCAACGUCGAAUCACUGUGUAUGCAGACCUGCUGCAAUAAAGUAGGUCAGAUUUUUUUUAGAUCAGCCUACGUUGGUUCGACAUAAAUUUAUCGACGGCAAGUUUAAAUACGAUGCCACGAAAUUUUCUGUCACGCUAAAUUCUGUGAAGCCGCAGUGAUCUUUAGUAUCGUCCGUGGUUCUGUACAUUGCACGGAAAUCGGUUUAUUCGCGGGGGUUGUCUCUUGGAUUUGUGCGAGAGUCGAAAGCAGACGUGA